UUCUAACCAUUCUGUUUUCUCUCAUAGGCUUCGAAUUUCAGCGCUCGAAACUGAUCAAAAAUGGCGUCGAUUUCAUCUUUCACUCAAUUCCAUUGCAAUCCCGUCGGCUUGAUCGCUCCACAAUCCCCAUCCACCUCGAAACCCUCUGUAUUUCCGGUGAAAUCGACGAUUUUCGCGUCGAAAAUGGCCGCAUUGAGGUCAUUCCCGAACAGGGGAUUGGCGAACCCGAAGAAGAAAUUCGUUGUCCGCGCCGUUAGCGAUGACGAGUGGGGCGAGGAGAAAAAGGAGCCUCUAUCGGCGGGCGUCGCAGUGGUAGAAGACGAGCCGGCCGUGCUAACGGAAACCGAUGUGUUGAAGAAACAGCUGGUGGAUUCUUUCUACGGGACCAAUAGAGGAUUGGGCGCUAGCAGCGAGACGAGGGCGGAGGUCGUCGAGCUUAUCACGCAGCUGGAGGCUAAGAACCCUACUCCGGCGCCCACGGAGGCGUUGACUCUCCUCAACGGCAAAUGGGUUCUUGCGUACACGUCUUUUAUUGGGUUGUUCCCAUUGUUAUCAAGGGGCACACUCCCUCUGGUCAAAGUUGAAGAAAUAUGUCAAACCAUUGAUUCAGAAAGCUUCACUGUUCAGAACUCUGUUGUGUUUUCUGGACCAUUGGCUACCACUUCCUUUAGUACCAAUGCCAAGUUUGAAGUCCGAAGCCCUAAGCGUGUGCAGAUAAAGUUUGAAGAAGGCAUUAUUGGGACUCCACAGCUCACAGAUUCCAUUGUGUUACCUGAGAAUGUAGAAUUUUUGGGACAAAAGAUUGAUCUCACUCCUUUCAAAGGUUUGAUUACUUCUCUCCAGGAUACGGCUUCAUCAGUCGUGAAGUCCAUUUCUAGCCAACCGCCAUUGAAGUUUUCCCUUGCCAAUAGCAAUGCCGAGUCCUGGCUUUUAACUACCUACCUGGACAGCGAGCUUCGGAUUUCAAGAGGAGAGGCGGGCAGUAUCUUUGUGCUGAUCAAGGAAGGCAGCCCCCUCUUGAAGCCUUAGACUAAUUCCAGAAUUACUAUCUUCUUGUAUGUCCCCUGCCUUUCUAGUCUUGUACUUGUACUUCUGAAUGUGAAAUGGUCUAAAUGAGCCAAAUAAACUGCUAGUUGUUAUUUGUAGGCUUGUUAAUGAAACCCAUCAUAUUUGUUCAGAAA